AUGGCUAUUUAAGAUCAACACCAUUCGUCUAAUCUCCUCUUACUCAACAACAGAAACGGUAAAGAAGAGAAAAGGACUUCGUUGUUGCAAUCACAAGCUCAAACCAAUAUGUUGUUCAACAAUGAAGGUUAUAAUCAGAGAAAAGGAGGAAGAGAAACGAUCCAACAUCAAUUACCUCUGCAAUCUCAGUGUCCUCAAGUUAUAGACUUAUCUCUGUUACACAACUACAAUCAUCCGCACUCGAGUAUGGUUUAUACAGGACUCCGGAGAGCGGAGGCUCAGGCUUGGCAAGCGAGAGCCAGUGCCCAGGAAGCCGCAGCCACGUCGCUGCAGGCUCAGCUGCAGCAGGCCGUUGACAUGCGUGGCGGUGGCGGUGUGUGGGCGCAAGAUGGUAGAGCGGAGGAGGAAGGGCUAUUGUGCGCAGUAGGUAACAUCGGAUUAGAGGCAAGGGAAGCGACGGUGGUGAUGUUACCGUGUCGGCAUCUAAGUAUCUGCCCGGAAUGUGACCGGACAGCUCUAGCAUGCCCGUUGUGUCUUACGCUGCGGAAUUCAAGCGUUGAAGCUAUCCUUUGUUAAAUGGGCCCAAUUCAAAGCCCGUUAGUUUGUCAAUCCUAAAACACACAUUUGUUAUUCACAUUAAGGAAUAUGAAUUCGAAAACAACACAAUGUUUACCUCACAU